AUGAUAAAUUCUCAGAGAUCAAAAAAUGAAACUGGAUGGGGUUUUUGUGAUAUUGAGUCAAUUGAAGUAUUUGAAUACCCUAGUCAAGCAUCAAAAAUAUUUUGGGAUGUCAAUUCCAAUAAUAUUGAACAAGCUUCUUCACAAAUUAUAGAAUUCCUUACAAACAACAAAAUAUCUAUCCAAAUGUCGCUUUAUCUGAUUGAUAUUAUUUCACAAAUUUGCGUUAAAAAUAUUAAAUUAUUUACUGAUCUUUACCAAAAGAUAUCAAACGAAUACUCAUGCAUCAUCGAACUGGAAAAUGAGAAAUUAUCGACACUUCUACAUUAUAGAGGUUUCAAAUUUGAAAACUUCGAACCUAGAAUGGAAGAAGAAGAAAUUCUGAAUUUAUAUCCAACAAAAUCUCCAUUAUUCUAUAUUGCAUGGGAUAAAGUUGAUGAUCUUAAAUCUAAAUUCCCAAAUCUUGAUAUUAAUAUGAGAGUAGAUGAUGAAAUCACCCCGCUUGAUUGUGCAAUCAAAUAUGGAUCAGAAUUGUGUUUCAAUUACUUGAAAAAUUUAGGAGCUCAAUACGAUUAUUACUCCGAAAAAUAUGCCGUUCAAGGCGGAAAUAAAUACAUUUUUAUGCAAAUGAUAGAAGAUGGUAAAUAA